AUUUCUUUUUUUUUUUUUUUCUUUUGUAAAAAAUAAAUUAUAUAUUUGAAAAAUAAUAUCUUAAACUUUAUAUAAAUUAAGAAUCAAAAUAAAGUUCAAAAAAAAAAAACUAAAAAUUAGAUAAAAAGUUUAUUCUUAUAAAGAUUAAUUCAAACUCAAUUUCCCCUCUAUUUUACACACCCUCAAAUGGUUUAAAUUAAUGGUCACCAUAGGGGAGAUGAUAAAAUAAUAAAUAAAUAGAAAAAAAAUAUAUCUCAACAUACGCAGGCGCAUUUACAGUUCAAUAUGAUUGUAAAAAUGGUGGUCCAUUGAAAUAGUGUCUAGUUAAAAUGUUUUCUAAUUUAUAAACUACGAAAAAAAAAAAAAAAGAAAAAACAUGAAUAUAAAAUUUAAAAAUAUAUCUUUUAUGUAAAAAAUGAUUAAAUAAAUUUGAUGCUAAUAAAAUAUAUUAAUAAUGCGAAUUAAAUUGGUGCGAAUAAUAUUGAUAAUAGGAUUAAUAUUAAAUAUAAUAGCUUGGCAUAAAUUAUGGUGGAUAUUUAUGUCACAAAAUUCAAAACAAUCAAUAAUUGAAACAACAAAAACAACUGAAUUAACACAAAAAUUACCACGUGGUUUAGCAAAAUUAAUAACAAUUGUUAUACGACAAUUUGAAACAUAUGAAAAUGAUGUUACAUCAACAGUUGAAUCAUUUAUAAAUGCAUUUCCAUUAAUAACAAUAAUUAUUGUUUGCGAUGAAUUGCCAUAUCCACCACUUGAUAUUAACACAAGUAAUGAUACAUAUAAAAAUGUUAAAUUAUUAAAUAUACAAAUGGAUUUUAAUAAAUCAUUGGAUCAACGUAAUCCAUUGAAUUACAUUAAAACUAAAUAUAUAUUAUUUAUACCUGAUGCCACAAAAAUAUCUUCAAAGCAAGUUUUACAGGAAGCUAUGUCAAAAAUUGAACAAUUUUCAAUUGUCACAAUACCAAUUGGAAAAAAAAAUCAAUUAGAUUGUUUAAAUUUUGAUCUUAGGAUUAAAGAAUGGAGCUUAAAAAUGACAAAAAUAUCUGGUGGUACAAAUUGUGAUUCAGUUGUUGGAAAACAUGCUACUUUAAUAUCAAGUGAAAUAUUAAAAAAAUUAACAAAUCCAUUUAUGUUACCAUUUACUGAUGCACUUUAUCUUCAAACAAAAAAUGCUGGUUUAAAGAUUCAUUUGAUGAAAAACCAUAGAUUAAAUGAUGGUAAACCAAUAUAUCGUAAUCAACAAUACCAGCUUAAAAAUAAAAAAAUGUAUCAACAACGUGAAAGACAAAUGUAUGUAAAUUUUGGUAUAAAAAAAGUAACAAGAUCAAGUGGUACAAUUGAUUGGUAUGGAUGUUCAAGAGAAACAGAAAAAUGUUUUAAUUCAAUUGUUAAUAAUAUGCCAUCUUAUUAUUAUGAAAAACGUUUAACACCACCAUGUUGUCUUGAUGGUUUACGUAAAGUUGCAAAUCAUGUAUUUGAUAAUUUAGAUAAUACAGGUAUACGUUAUUGGCUUGAGGGUAGUUCAUUACUUGGUGCAAUAAAUAAUGGUGAUAUAUUACCAUGGGAUUAUAAAAUUGAAAUUGGUGUUAAUCGUGAUGAUCUUCAUAGAUCACCUUGGAUUGUUAAAGCACGUAAUAAACCAGUAUCUGAUGAUCAAGGUUUUAUAUGGCAAAAAGCUACAGAAGGUGAAUUUUUUAAAAUUCAAUAUUCUAAAAUUAAUAAAUUACAUGUUUGUUUGUUACCAUUUUAUGUUAAAAAUGGUACAAUGACAAGAGAUUCAUGGUUUUUAAAAAAUCGUAAUUUUCCAGAACAUUAUUUACAUCCAAUGUCUAGUAUUGAAUUUGCUGGUAGACAAAUACCAAGUCCAAAUAAUGUUAGAAAUUUUUUAGAAAUUAAAUAUUACAAGGGUAUUGUUGAAAAUCCCGAAAUUCUUUGGAAAAUUUAAUAUAUUUUUAUUUGAAAUAUAUUUAACAAAAAAGAAAAAUUUAAUUAUGUCAAUUGUGCCAAAUGAUUAUUUAUAAUUUAACAUUAAAACAAUUUUAAAUUAUUAUUUCUAUAAAAAUAUUUCAAAUUAAAAAAACCAAUGAACCAAUGAAAAGCAGCACAAAAAUAUUUAAUUAAUUGUUUAAAAUUAUUGACAUUGUUGAUUGUUUUUUAAUGUUGAUUAUUUUACUUGUGUUUAUACAAAAUGAAAAAAUAUUUAAGUAAUUAUUUAAAAUAUAAUUGUAAAACUGUGCCAAUAUUAUGAAGUAUGUUUUUUUUUUUUUAGAUUUAGUAUAUGUGAUUGAUAAAUUUGUAUUUACAUUUAAUUAAAUUUGCUGCAAUAUUAACAACUUAUAAUGUCAUCAUGUUGAUUAUUUAAUAAUUUAUAAAAAUGUAGCUCCAAAUAAUACGAAAAAAAAAUGCUUCGAGGUGGAUUUGAAGUUAAAAUUAAAAAGAAAAAAAUUUAAUUACAAAUUAAAUAAUAAAUUACUUGAAAUAUAGUUAAUGUUUUUUCUUUUUAAUUCAAAUUUAUUAUUUUUUCUUC